AUGCCCACGUCUUCCAGAGACAGGGACCUGCGUCCUGGACACCAUCACUUCGGCUCCUGCAGCCCCUUGAGCCAGCUCUGGCCUGGUCCAGAGCCUCAGUCAGUCAAGGGCCUUUACUACCGCAGAGCCCGGAAGGUGGGCACCCUGGACGCCUCUCCAGAGGCAGACCUGAAGAAGGAGAUCCUGGUGAACGUGGGAGGCAGGCGGUAUCUGCUGCCCUGGAGCACCCUGGAUGCCUUCCCGCUAAGCCGCCUGAGCAGACUCCGGCUGUGUCGCAGCUACGAGGAGAUCACACAGCUCUGUGAUGACUAUGACGAGAACAGCCAGGAGUUCUUCUUUGACAGGAGCCCCAAUGCCUUCGGGGUAAUCGUGAGCUUCCUGGCCGCUGGAAAGCUGGUGCUUCUGCGGGAGAUGUGCGCGCUGUCGUUCCGGGAAGAGUUGAGCUACUGGGGCAUCGAGGAAGCCAACCUGGAACGCUGCUGCCUGCGCAAGCUCAUGAAGAAGCUGGAGGAGGCAGCGGAGCUGCGCCGGGAGGAGGCUAUGCAGCGCCAGCAGCAGCGCCAGGCCUGCCACUCUGAAGUACAGUCUUCCCGAUGGGCCCGCAGCAUGAACCAGCUGCGUGAGAUGGUGGAGGACCCACAGUCGGGGCUGCCCGGGAAAGUCUUUGCCUGCCUCUCCAUUCUCUUCGUGGCCACCACGGCUGUCAGUCUGUGUGUGAGCACCAUGCCCGACUUCAGGGCUGAGGAGGACAAGGGAGAAUGCACGAGAAAGUGUUACUACAUCUUCGUGGUGGAGACCAUCUGCGUGGCCUGGUUCUCCCUAGAGUUCUGUCUGCGUUUUGCCCAGGCUCGGAACAAGUGUCAGUUCUUCCGUGGGCCCCUGAAUGUCAUCGACAUUCUAGCCAUCUCCCCGUACUACGUGUCGCUUGUGGUGUCCGAGGAGUCCGCGGAGGCAGGCGAGAGGCUGAGUGGCAGCUCCUACCUGGAGAAAGUCGGACUGGUGCUGCGUGUUUUGCGGGCGCUACGUAUCCUCUACGUGAUGCGUCUGGCCCGCCACUCGCUGGGGCUGCAGACGCUGGGUCUCACGGUGCGUCGCUGUGCCAGGGAGUUUGGCCUUCUGUUGCUCUUCCUAGGUGUGGCGGUCACCCUUUUCUCCCCUCUAGUCUACGUGGCUGAGAAUGAGUCUGGAAGGGUCCUAGAGUUCACCAGCAUCCCCGCGUCCUACUGGUGGGCCAUCAUCUCCAUGACCACAGUGGGCUAUGGGGACAUGGUUCCUCGCAGCGUUCCUGGUCAGAUGGUGGCUCUGAGCAGCAUUCUUAGCGGUAUCCUCAUCAUGGCCUUCCCAGCUACAUCCAUCUUUCACACCUUCUCCCAUUCCUACCUGGAGCUGAAGCGGGAGCAGGAGCAGGUCCAGGCCCGCCUCCGGCGUCUUCAGAACACAAACUCGGCCAGCGAAAGGGAGCUUCUGAGCGAUGUGGAUGACCUGGUCCCCGAGGGCCUGGUCUCCCCCAUCCGCUACGUGUAA